AUGAAAGUACUAAAUAGAUUUUCUUUGGUUUUGUUAUUGCUCUUUUUCUUGGCUAAUACAUCUAUUUAUGCAAGUAUUGAUAGUGAAGAGUUGGAUUUUGAUGAGAUGGAGUUUCAUAAAAGCGAAGGUGAAUAUGUCAAGCCAGAAGCUUUACAGAAAAUAAUUGAUGAGGAGAGCAAAAAAAUUAAGCAAAAAAUUGAUUUAUUAAAAGUUAAAAUUGAUCAAGAAUGGGAUGAAAAACAAAAAAAUGUUUCUUCUUCGGAUAAUACAGAUGGUUCAUCUGUUUCUGAAACAACAUCUGCUAAAGCACCAAGUUCAUAUAUAACUUCAAGUUCUGAUUUAAAUACAACUCCAGAUGGAAAUAAUGAACCAACUACUCCAAAAGCUGAUGAAGCCGAAGCUUCAACUUCAUCUGGAAAUGAUGAACCAACUACUCCAAAAGCUGAUGAAGCCGAAGCUUCAACUUCAUCUGGAAAUGAUGAACCAACUACUCCAAAAGCUGAUGAAGCCGAAGCUUCAACUUCAUCUGGAAAUGAUGAACCAACUACUCCAAAAGCUGAUGAAGCCGAAGCUUCAACUUUAUAUGAAAAUGAUGAAUCAACUACUCCAAAAGCUGAUGAAGCUGAAGCUUCAACUUCAUCUGGAAAUGAUGAACCAACUACUCCAAAAGCUGAUGAAGCCGAAGCUUCAACUUCAUAUGAAAAUGAUGAACCAACUACUCCAAAAGCUGAUGAAGCUGAAGCUUCAACUUCAUCUGGAAAUGAUGAACCAACUACUCCAAAAGCUGAUGAAGCCGAAGCUUCAACUUCAUCUGAAGAUAAUGAACCAACUACUCCAAAAGCUGAUGAAGCUGAAGCUUCAACUUCAUCUGAAGAUAAUGAACUAACUACUCCGGAAGCAUCUAGUCAAGGCACACCUUCAGAUGAUGUUUCUCUCAAUGAUGAAUAA